UCUUGACGGCUCCCUGAAUCCAACAGCCCUGUGGAAGAGAGAGGCUGCUAAGACACCAUGAAUUCUAUACUUGGUGUUCUCCUCACCUGGACUAUCGUUAUGACAUCUUGUGAUGCUCAGUGCUACCUUACUCAGUUGGAGAUCACUCUAGGGAGUCAACCAGAAGGUUGCAAGGAUGCUCAUGGUGUAUUGAAGCAGUUCAACACUAAAUGGAAAACUGAUGAUUGUCAGUCCUGUGAAUGUACUGACCAAGGAACAGAGUGCUGUAGCCUUGUGAAGAAACCUUUUUUAUAUGACAAAAAUAAAUGCCAGGAAGUUUUCCACAAGGAGAAUUGUACUUACACUGUUGUAGAGAAAGAAAAUCCCCUUAAACCCUGUGAAGUGUUAGGAUAUAUUGGUUAAUAAUUCCACGUCCUGUUUUUGCUGCCGAAGUCAUCACCUCCCAGUGGAACUUGUCAUCACUUCAAACAAUGAUGCUUUCCUUGGAAUUCAGAACAACAGGGGGCUGUGAGCCAUGUGGGCAGGACCUUGGACUUCCAUUCUCCUGAAGGCCUUGUAAGGUCUCAGGCACCCUGAUUCCACCACAAAGUGUCUCCUCUCUGACUCCUGAAGUCCUUUAAGCACCCAAGUUGUGGAUAUUCCUCCUGUAACCUGUUGUCUAAUGAAUAUCUAAAGAAAAUAUAUGUUCCUCUAGCAUCAAAUGGAAUCCUGCUCUUUUCCUUCCUAGCAACCGACAUCCAAACUCAUUAUGGUUGUGGGAGCUUUUCUUUAUAGUCUUUCUCUGAGGCAAUCCCUAGGAUGUACUCUUUGGGGCUCAAAGGCUGAAUGAGUUUUUUUUUUUGUAUCUACUCACCUCCCAGAUCUGUGUUUGAUAAUCCCUUCACCACAGUUCUGGAAGAAUAAAAAUUCCAAAUAAUCAAAGAGGAAAUAGGUCUGA